CUCAAGCUUCGGAAACAACAACGUCCUGCACAACGAAAUUGAAGGUGACCUCUUGAAGCUUCACAUUACUUAGAGAGUCAAAUUAGCGGACUUCCCGUUCCAGAACAACCUCAAAACCUCGACCAUGUCUCGCCAUCAUCCCGAUCUCGUUAUGUGCCGCAAACAAUCAGGCAUUGCCAUCGGACGUCUCUGCGACAAGUGUGACGGCAAAUGCCCAGUCUGCGACUCCUACGUUCGCCCCACGACCCUCGUCCGAAUCUGCGAUGAAUGCAGCUUUGGAAACUACCAAAACAAAUGUGUUGUCUGCGGUGGAGAGGGCAUUUCGGACGCUUUCUACUGCUUCGAGUGCACGCGGUUGGAGAAAGACAGAGAUGGAUGCCCAAAGAUCAUAAACUUAGGCUCGAGCCGUACGGAUCUGUUCUACCAGAAAAAGAAUUUUCGAAAUCACUAGCAGGAUCGGGCUUAGGUUUUUAUCAGGGUUGAAAAGCGCUGGAGUUUGGGCCCGACGAGCUUUGGCACCAUCGGCGCACUGGCUUUAACAAAAAGGAGCGCUAAGAAUAUGACAGGUGCACCGUCUUAUGUUGAGCCCUAUGGUUUAGCCGGCACUAUGCUCCAUGGGCUUUCGCGGGUUAGACUAGGUGGAAACAUGUCGUUCAUGAACGUCACUAACCCAUCAAUUCACAGAGGUAUGUGAGCGCAGGAGUAUUGUUGAAGUUUAGAUUUAACAAUUCAAGGCCUCACUUCUGCAUGCC